GUUAUCCUGACUGAUGAAAACAAGUUAAUGCGUAGAUCAUCAGUGAAUGUCAUUUGUAGUAGUAGCUUGUAAUUUAUAUUUUUGAAAGCCUGUGUUUUUUUACAAAAUGGCCAAGUGGGGAGAAGGCGAUCCUAGGUGGAUAGUAGAAGAACGAGAAGAUGCCAAAAACGUAAAUAAUUGGCAUUGGAGUGAAAAAAAUGCAACACCCUGGUCAAAAGCUCGUCUUAAAGAAUUAUUCACAAAAUUACAACUAAACUUUGAAGGAGGUGAAUGUGAAAUAGUGGAAGUAACAAAACUAGAGGGAGAGGCGACGGCCAACAAUCGUAAAGCAAAAUUAAUUUUCUUUUAUGAGUGGGAAAUGAGUCUGGAAUGGAGCGGCUCUUUGACUGAUGGUGAUGAUAUUAUCAAAGGGACUAUUAAGAUACCCAAUUUAAGUGAGGAAAAUGAACCUGAAGAUAUUACAAUUGUGUUUAGCACUGAGAAAGAGAAUGAAGAGUCUUAUAAACUAAAACAGCUGUUGAUAAAACAUGGGACACCACUGAUACGAAAAAAUCUUUCCAAAUAUAUCAAAGAAUUGAGAGAAGAAUUUAGUCAAGGUUUGGUAUUACCUACAAAAACAUCCACAAAUAAAGUUAACAUCAACAAUGAUUCAAGUAUAAGUAAGGAAUUCAAAAAGGCUCAGAUUAAUGAUGCAAAGCCACAAAAAAAAGAUGAUAAAUCAGUUGGUUGUCGGAUUGAAACAACAAAAUUCUCGGCAAAUGAAGAGUUCCUUACUUCAGCAGGAGAGCUUUAUCAUAUUUUGACAAACGAAGAGAGGGUUAAAGGCUUCUCAAGAUCAGAUGUGAAAAUGGAUUCCAUGAAAGGAGGAUCAUUUGUUAUGUUUGGUGGAACAAUAAGUGGAAAAUUUUUAGAGCUUCUUCCAGAUAAGAAAAUAACAAUGUUGUGGCGUUUUAAGAAUUGGCCUACAGAGCAUUAUUCAACAGUUACUAUGGAAUUAUACCAGAAAGAUGAUAGAACAGAGUUGAAAUUCACACAAACUGGUAUCCCCAAGUCAGAUUUGGAGAGAACAAAACAAGGCUGGACACAGUACUAUUGGUCAAGUAUAAGACAUACGUUUGGGAUUGGACUGAAGUAUUUUUGAACUGUGAAUUUUUGAUAGUUGCCACAAAAUGGCAUGGAUCAGCUUUGCGCAUCUCAUGAAACUGCUUAGCAUAAAUGAAAGCUUUGUGUAAAAUAGCAAAGAUUAAGAGAAUUUACAAUCAACAUGAAAGAUGUAUUUGGA